AUGGCGACAGUGGUUAAAGUUCAAUGCGAUGACGGUGAGAUUUACCGCCUGACGCUUCAAGCAGAGCCUAGCUUCGAGUCCGUGGUGCAGGUGGUCGCGAGCUGCCGUCCUGAGUUGACAGCCGCGAUGCUUUGUGAAGGCGGCAGCUGUGCUCUGAAAUACGCCGACGAAGAAGGAGAUCUAUGCACUCUUGCGCCAUCUACAUUCGUGGACUUUCUUGAGCAGCAGCGAGGAUCGAGCAGUCGCUUGCUGAAGCUGAAGCUGUUCCUUCCCAAGCAGCCAGUUUGCGAAAAAGAUGCUUCAAGCCAGCAGGAACUUGAAAGACCAGAGAGGAGAGCGCCUCUCGAAAGGCAAGGCGGGUCGUCGGUCGAUCCACCGAUCCAAGGCCCGCCGCCUGGCCUUGAGAAGGAGGAGACCGGCGAUUGUUUUGGCGGGUGCACUGGUGGUCCCGGAGCUUGGGGCCCUGGUGGUAAUGGUGGCGGGCCUCGCCGUCUUCUGGCUGCGCUGCGCAUGUUGCAGGAGACGGGGAUGCUCACUCCCGCCAUGUUCGCGUCACUGGCCGUGCAAUGGCUUCCGCUUUUGACACAGCGAGUUGCGCGCAAGGUCGACAAGAUUAACCAUGUAGCUCGCGAUGGUCUCAACGACACGUGGAAAAAACUUUUGGAAAGAAUCCAGGAGCUGGCAGCAGAAACUCCGGGAUUGGAGUCCUUUGCUUCUCCGAUCUCGGAGGCUCUUCGAGGCGGGAACGGGCAGAGGCGGCUUGGUGAAGCCAUCCUCGAGCUUCUGAAAGCACUGCGAGGGCUCAGCUUCGAGGUUCAAACGAGCUUCUGUGAGCAAGUCUCUGCCAGCCUGCUACCUUUCCUGGAGGAUCUCACCCGAUCUUGGACUGGCGAUGAGUGUGCGCCAAGCGGAAAUCUGACUCCGUGGCAGCACCAUUUCGGCAUCAAGUGUGAGGGCUGCGGUGUUAAUCCCAUUGUGGGCCCACGCUUCAAGUGCCCUGUCUGUCCCAGCUACGACCUUUGUGGCAAUUGCUACCCGUCAAAGCUCCAACUGCACGGGAACUGCCCUGGCUGCCGCAAGGACUUCCAGUGCCUUAUCUUCCCAGGCAAAGAUGCCAAGAGCAAAGGAAGCAAGGGGGUGGGAGAAAAACCAGAGAAGGCAUCGUGUGAGCAGCGAUUUGCUGAGUGGAAGGGCUGGGCUGGCAAAGGCGCGGGGCCACUAGGACUGGUGGCCUCGAUGGCUGCUGGACUCGGACAUGGAAUCGGGGCGGCUGGUGGCUUUCCAUUUCCUCCUCUUGGCAACGCCUGCGGAUUUCCUUUUCCUGGCAAUGACUUUUGCCGAAUGGACGAGGGGCAGCAGGACCUGCCUUGGAUGGACCACAUGCCCUGGGGUAAGGGCAAAGGGAAGAAGGGCUGGAGAAAAGCCAAAGGAUGGAACCAAGAGGAGCACAGAACCGAAGAGCUCAGUGCCAGCACGGAGGACGAGUUCGAGAAGAAGCUCGCCACCUUGCGCGAGCUGCGGCUCGGAAGUGACGAGGAUGUUGGCGCUCGUGGAGGGGCACCGGGCGGAAACAUGGCCGGUCGCUCCGGCUUGCCUGGAAGGGCGGAGGCGCCGAACAUCUCUGAUGCAGUCACCAGUGCCAUGAUGAACCAAUUUGCCCGGGAAUUGACAUCCAGUUCGCUAAGUCUUUGGCCGCAGUUCGUCCAGAUAGCCCGGCGAUACUUCAAUGUGCAUCAUGGAUAUGUACUUCGAAAGCUGCUCUGGCAGUUGAUGCCGUUCCACAGGUUCAGCAGUAUUCGGCAUGAUUCAGCGUUAAUUGAAAGGCUGAACAACAAGUCGGACCAAUCUGGUGGCACAGUAAUUUACCCCGUAGUGCGUUUGACGCAGCCAAACUCAUCUACCAGUGCGAUCUCUAUCUUAAACUUCCCUCAGAUGUCAGCACUUUGUGCUCAUGGAGUAGGAUCAUUCGCCUGGACUUGUUCCCAUGGCUUCGCCUUUGCCGCGUCCUGCGGGAGCUGGAGAGCAAGCAGGCGCCUCUUCAGAUUAUGGCGAUGCUUACGAGUUUACUAG